CAGACCAGUAGGCGGCUCCUCGCGCUCUCUCUGCUCUGAACCGUCUCGCGCUCCUCGCGCUCCGCUGUCCCGGUUGUCAGGGCACCUACAGUCAGUGACUCCGGCUCGCGCGGCGGUGACAGCUCUCACUCCGGCUCCUGUCGGAUUUUUUGGUUCCGUCGUGUGGAUGGAUUUGUUUUCACUGGCGGACAUUUAACCACCAAAACGCAGUACUGAGGCUUGUCCCGCUCUGACACGGUGACUCCAGACAGACUGGCUGAGAGACGCUGAAAAAAGAAGUGGGCCGAUAAAGAGAUAGGAGGACAGAAGGAGAAGUAGAACCUCUCGCAGAGUGGUGGCCAGAGUUACAGAAGAGCACAUGACGAGGGCAAACGGCUUCACAGAAGCAUCCUGACCGGUAGCCUUGCUCCUGCACCCGACCACGCGCCCUGCAGCUCCAGCGAGCGGGCAUCAGAAGGAAGGAAACGUGCGACCGCUCCUCCUGCAGGCAUGAGGUCCUUCCGUUCCUUCAGUAACGAUGAUCGCCAUGUCAUGGCAAAACACUCCACCAUCUACCCCUCCUCUCAAGAGCUAGAGGCAGUUCAGACGCUGGUGUCCACUGUUGAGUGUGCCCUCAAACAUGUCUCCGAUUGGCUGGAUCAGAGCAGAAGUGACGUCGACAGCCAACCAGCAGACAGCACAGAGGAGGAUGACCCUGGCGAUGAGCCCAGCGAUGAAACAGUGGAAUCCAGUAACAGCUGCAGGGAGUCCAGCAGCGGUGGCGUGCUGUGUGGUGUGAUGAGGAUCGGCCUCGUGGCCAAAGGCCUCCUGGUCAAAGGCGACAUGGACCUGGAGCUGGUGCUGAUGUGCAGAGACAAACCCUCACAGACAUUGCUGGACACUGUCUGUCACAAUUUACCCACACAGAUCGAGAAGCUGACAGAAGAGAAAUACGAAGUCACAAGCUCCUCGCCCGAGGCAGCCAUCUUGGUACAAACUACGACAGAACCCAAACUCACGCUGAAGAUUACUCUCACCUCACCGGCCAUGAGGGAGGAUGAGGAAGAAGAGGAGGAGGAGGAGCAGGAAGAGGAGGAGGAGGAGGAGCAGGAAGAGGCAGUGGAGAACGGGGAGGAUGGAGAAGAAGAGCAGGAGGAGGUGCAGGAGGAAGUGCAGCAGGAGGAAGAGGAAGAGCAGGAGAAGAACGGGCAAGUGUUGGGUGCUGCUGCGCACAGAGUGGAGGCUGAGGAGGAGGAGGAGGGGGAGGUGCUGGAUAGACACAGAUGUCUGUUGGCCCUGGCAGCGCUGCGACACGCCAAGUGGUUCCAGGCUCGAGUGAACGGACUCAAGUCCUGCGUAAUUGUUCUCAGGAUACUUAGAGACAUGUGCAAUAGACACCCUGUCUGGGAACCUCUAAAAGGAUGGCCCUUAGAGCUCAUCUGCGAGAAGGCAAUUGCCACCUGCAACAGACCUCUCGGAGCAGGAGAAGCCCUGCGCCGAGUCAUGGAGUGUCUGGCUUCAGGCAUUCUUCUAUCAGGUGGUCCAGGUUUACACGACCCAUGUGAGAAAGAGCCAACGAACACACUUGCCAACAUGACAGACCAGCAGGCUGAAGCCAUUACCUACAGGGCACAGCAUGCUCUCAGACUCAUGGCAUUCGGACAGAUCUAUAAGGUGUUGGAGAUGGACCCUCUCCCCUCAAAUAAACCAUCACAGAAAUACCCCUGGUCUGAUAAAGAAGGCUUGGGUUUGAAGAGGCCAUACGAGGAUGGAUUUAUGGACGACAAGGACCUCAUUAAGAAGAUGAAGAGGAAUCUGAGGAAAGUCUUGGACAGCAAAGCCAUAGACUCCAACCAGCCAAUGAACGCCCUGAUGCGGCUGAACCAGAUCCGGCCGGGGCUUCAGUAUCGCCUGCUGUCUCAGUCGGGCCCGGUUCACGCUCCAGUCUUCACCAUGUCUGUGGAUCUGGAUGGAACCAUUUACGAAGCAUCUGGAUCGUCCAAGAAGACGGCCAAGCUCCACGUCGCUGUCAAGGUUCUCCAGGCGAUGGGUUACCCGACAGGAUUCGACUCAGACCUGGACCCCAUGAGUUCAGAUGAGAAGUCGGACGGUGAGGGAAAGAGCGAUACGUCCUCACAUACGAGCAAUAACCCAACUCACUCCUCGGACAGCUCCAACACACUGGAGGUGCGAACUCAGGGUCCCAUACUGACAGCAAGUGGGAAGAAUCCCGUCAUGGAGCUGAACGAGAAGAGGCGAGGCCUCAAAUAUGAGCUCAUCUCUGAAAGUGGAGGCAGCCAUGACAAACGUUUCAUCAUGGAGGUGGAGGUGGACGGGCAGAAGUUUCGUGGGGCAGGCCCCAACAAAAAGGUAGCAAAGGCCAGUGCUGCUCUAGCUGCCCUGGAAAAACUCUUCUCUGGUCCCAACGCAGCUGCAAACAAGAAAAAGAAGAUUUUGCCUCAGACGAAAGGAGCCCUGGCGGCGGCGGCAGCGGCCUCAGCAGUAGCAGCUCAGGUCGCCAGAGGAAGAGGAAGAGCAGCACUCGCGAGAGGAGCCUUCGUCAGUGCAGCUGCACCUGGAUACGUCACGCCAGGCUUCGGGACACCAUAUGGCUACAGCCCUGCUGCAGCAGCUGCUCCUGCAUACGGGGGACUUUUCAUUGACAAUCCCUUCUACCAGCCGCGGACCAUCGCUCCAUUUAUCAUCCAUCUGGGCCCCCAGGAUCUCUUCUCUGACUUCUAGAGGAAGCAGGUUGUUGGAUACUCUUGUCACUCACAUGCCCACCUGUUUUUCUGUCCGUCUGGGUGGGCUGCCUUUCUGACCCCGGCCGACGGACUCACGGAUUCUUAACAGUUUUUGUUUGAUCGGUCUACUGGGGGAAAAUAAAACUUCAGUUUGGCGACAGCGGCAGAACUGUAAAACCCGCAGACCGAGCGGCUCAAAGCGCCUCUCUCCCAUUUUCUCUCCUCUCCAUCCAGAUUGUCUCGUCGGAGGAGGGAGACUUUCCAAUAAGCAAUACUCGGAUUUUACGGAAAAUGUUCAGCUGCGACUGUGCGAGGCUGAGCUGAAGUCUUUCUUAUAGCAAUACAUCUGAACUUGUCUCUCUGAGCUCAACUUACUUGAGAAGAUGUGAAUGUUCGAUGGAGUUUUACCCAACGCAGCGUUGCAAUAGUUCAUUUUGAUUGUAUAUUCAUUGUAUGUGUGUGUACGUGUGGCUAUAACGUUACUAUAUACACAUAUGUAUGGUGUAUGUUUCUAUAAUGAUGUGUUGAUGAUAAUAUUACUAUACGAUGAUGUAUUUAUGUAAAUACUCUAUAAAAUAUAACUAUUGUUGGUAUAAAUUAUUUUAGAAUUAUAAAGUGAAAUCUAACUAAUAUCACAGUAUAGCUUUCUUCCAAUUUUAUAUACACUGAGCAAUUGAAGCUAGUUCUAGAAGAUGCAAUAUUAUCUUUGGUAUUCCUAUUAAGCCGUGCUGUUAGAAUUAUAAUGCUUCCUUCCUUCCUUCCUUCUUUCUUUCUUUCUUUCUUUCCUUCAACCUUUCCUCUAUCUUUGAUGUCUUUCUGAGCACAUUCUCCGCUGCCCGAGGUUUGUUUACAUGGCCUGGACAAAGAAGUGCUCACACACUCAUGACCUGAUCCACACACACACUUCACAUGUCAGAAAGCACAUUUUCUAUAGUCUCACUGCUGGCAGGGAAUACUGUUGUUACAAAUACUAUAUGUGUAUAAUAUGUGUAUACUCUGAUGUACAUGCUCCUCCCUUCUAACAUGAACAGACUCACCCAUCGACACACUCGCCUUAGGGACACAAAGCACAGCUCAAUGACACCGCUAAAAGCUCCUCCCUUCUGCAAACACAUUCACACACUUCUCUCCAUCCUCCUCUGACCCAUCUACACUUUGGAAGUGAUGCUGCUGGUGGCAUGAACACAAACAGGCCAAGUUAACACAGUGGGACAGACACCAGAUAAACUACUGGCAAACUAAAGAUAAAGCCCGGCUAAAAAUUUAAAGUGCAGGACAUUGAAUUGGAUUCAUAUGCUCCCGUCUCUUAUUAUUUUCCCCAAACUGAUUUCUCCUGUAGCAUUUAAGGGGAUUUAUGUGGGUAGACACAUUUCAGCGGUUGUUGACAUCACUGAAUAGAUGUUUUGAAGCUUAUAUUAGUGUUUUACCAUGUGAUGCCUUUGCCACAAGAUCUGAGCAAAGAAGAUAAAGCCUGGUUAGACCCAAGAUCCAUGUUUCAGUGACCAAGGCUGCCUGUGACCAACUGAGGAAAAGAUACCUAAAGAUAAGAAAAUGUACCAGAAGCUCCUUCAAAAGCCUUAAAGACUCUGAAGACUCAGUGUCAAAGGAUCAUUAAACACAUCUGAAUAAGAAACAAAGUUCAGCGUGAAUAAUCAUAGUUAUCAAGUAGAGUUAAACAUUCAGUUCAUCUGUUUCAGUUGGACUUGUUCUGUUCCUGGAUGAUCGGCGUUGCCAACUCCUGAUUGGUUCAUCUGUUGUGACAUCACUUUUGUACAACUGAACCUUUCUCGGGUCAAGUUAGUGAGCAAAGCAAAGAACAAACACUUGAGUAGAGCUUAUUCUCAUGUUCGUGUGAGACCCCGUCGCUUAUAAAUGGAAACUGAUUGUAAAAAUGCCUUUUCAGAGCCUUCAGUGUGAUUUUUAUGGAAUGAUUUUCAUGAUGACACCGGUAACCACAUGUGAGGAAGAAUUCAUUCAAUUCUG